GUGGGCGUCCGUGCUUCCGCCGCCACCACCUCCACCUCCCUUCCAUCCUCGACAAGAUGCCUGCCCCCGGCGCCCUCAUCCUCCUCGCGGCCGUCUCCACCGCCGGCUGCCUGGCGUCCCCGGCCCACCCAGAUGGAUUCGCCCUGGGCCGGGCCCCUCUGGCUCCUCCCUAUGCCGUGGUCCUCAUUUCCUGCUCUGGCCUGCUGGCCUUCAUCUUCCUCCUCCUCACCUGUCUGUGCUGCAAACGGGGCGAUGUCGGCUUCAAGGAGUUUGAGAACCCAGAAGGGGAGGAUUGCUCCGGAGAGUACACUCCCCCCGCCGAAGAGACCUCCUCUUCACAGUCGCUGCCUGAUGUCUACAUUCUCCCUCUGGCCGAGGUCUCCCUGCCGAUGCCUGCCCCGCAGCCAUCACACUCAGACAUGACCACCCCCCUGGGCCUUAGCCGCCAGCACCUCAGCUACCUGCAAGAGAUUGGGAGUGGCUGGUUCGGGAAGGUGAUCCUGGGAGAGAUUUUCUCGGACUACACCCCAGCCCAGGUGGUGGUAAAGGAGCUCCGAGCCAGCGCAGGGCCCCUGGAGCAGCGCAAGUUCAUCUCAGAAGCACAGCCGUACAGGAGCCUGCAGCACCCCAACGUCCUUCAGUGCCUGGGCGUCUGCGUGGAGACACUGCCCUUUCUGCUGAUUAUGGAGUUCUGUCAACUGGGGGACCUGAAGCGUUACCUCCGGGCCCAGCGGCCCCCCGAGGGCCUGUCCCCUGAGCUGCCCCCUCGAGACCUGCGGACACUGCAGAGAAUGGGCCUGGAGAUCGCCCGCGGGCUGGCACAUCUCCACUCCCACAACUAUGUGCACAGCGACCUGGCCCUGCGCAACUGCCUGCUGACCUCCGACCUCACCGUGCGCAUCGGAGACUACGGGCUGGCGCACAGCAACUACAAGGAGGACUACUACCUGACCCCCGAACGCCUGUGGAUCCCGCUGCGCUGGGCAGCGCCCGAGCUCCUCGGGGAGCUGCACGGGACCUUCAUGGUGGUGGACCAGAGCCGCGAGAGCAACAUCUGGUCCCUAGGGGUGACCCUAUGGGAGCUGUUUGAGUUUGGGGCACAGCCCUACCGCCACCUAUCAGACGAGGAGGUCCUCGCCUUCGUCGUCCGUCAGCAGCACGUCAAGCUAGCCAGGCCGAGGCUCAAGCUGCCCUACGGGGACUACUGGUACGACAUCCUGCAGUCCUGCUGGCGGCCGCCUGCCCAGCGCCCCUCGGCCUCUGAUCUGCAACUGCAGCUCACCUACCUGCUCUCCGAGCGGCCCCCAAGGCCCCCGCCGCCGCCGCCGCCCCCCCGAGAUGGUCCCUUCCCCUGGCCCUGGCCCCCGCAGCACAGCGUGCCCCGCCCGGGGACCCUGUCCUCUCCGUUCCCCCUUCUGGAUGGCUUCCCUGGGGCUGACCCGGACGACGUGCUCACGGUCACCGAGAGUAGCCGUGGCCUCAACCUUGAGUGCCUGUGGGAGAAGGCACGGCGGGGGGCCGGUCGGGGCGGGGGGGCACCCACCUGGCAGCCGGCGUCCGCACCCCCGGCCCCCCACGCCAACCCCUCCAACCCCUUCUACGAGGCGCUGUCCACGCCCAGCGUGCUGCCGGUCAUCAGCGCCCGCAGCCCCUCCGUGAGCAGUGAAUACUACAUCCGCCUCGAGGAGCAUGGCUCCCCGCCAGAGCCCCUCUUCCCCAAUGACUGGGACCCCCUGGACCCAGGAGUGCCUGCCCCCCAGGCCCCCCAGGCCCCCCCCGAGGUCCCCCAGCUGGUGUCCGAGACCUGGGCCUCCCCCCUCUUCCCGGCGGCCCGGCCCUUCCCGGCCCAGUCCUCAGCCUCCGGCAGCUUCCUCCUGAGCGGCUGGGACCCCGAGGGCCGGGGCGCCGGGGAGACCCUGGCAGGAGACCCCGCCGAGGUGCUGGGGGAGCGGGGGGCCACCCCGUGGGCCGAAGAGGAGGAGGAGGAGGAGGAAGGCAGCUCCCCGGGGGAAGACAGCAGCAGCCUUGGGGGGGGCCCCAGCCGCCGGGGCCCCCUACCCUGUCCCCUGUGCAGCCGCGAGGGGGCCUGCUCCUGCCUGCCCCUGGAGCGGGGGGAUGCCGUCGCCGGCUGGGGCGGCCACCCUGCUCUUGGCUGCCCCCAUCCCCCCGAGGACGACUCGUCCCUGCGGGCGGAGCGGGGCUCCCUGGCCGACCUGCCCCUGAACCCCCCCGCCUCGGCCCCCCCCGAGUUUCUGGACCCCCUCAUGGGGGCGGCGGCGCCCCAGUACCCCGGGCGGGGGCCACCUCCCGCUCCCCCCCCGCCGCCGCCACCUCCUCGGGCCCCCGCGGACCCGGCCGUGUCCCCCGACCCCCCCUCGGCCGUGGCCAGUCCCGGCUCAGGCCUGUCGUCUCCGGGCCCCAAACCGGGCGACAGCGGCUACGAGACCGAGACCCCUUUUUCCCCCGAGGGAGCCUUCCCCGGUGGGGGGGCAGCAGAGGAGGAAGGGGUCCCUCGACCACGGGCUCCCCCCGAGCCCCCCGACCCGGGAGCGCCCCGGCCACCCCCAGACCCGGGUCCCCUCCCGCUCCCGGGGGCCCGGGAGAAGCCGACCUUCGUAGUUCAAGUGAGCACCGAGCAGUUGCUGAUGUCCCUGCGGGAGGACGUGACAAGGAAGCUCCUGGGGGAGAAGGGGGCAGCCGCCCGCGAGACAGGGCCCAGGAGGGCAGCGAGAGGCCCCGGGAACCGAGAGAAAGCCCCGGGCCCAAGCAGGGGCCCCACAGUCCUGGACAGCGGGAAGCAAGCCCCAAGCCCGCAAGAGGGCCCGAGCCUCCCCGUGAACGGGGUGACAGUGCUGGAGAACGGGGAACAGAGAGCCCUGGGCGUCGAGGAGAAGGUGGCGGAGAAUGGGAGCCCGGGGUCCCCAGAGAGAGAAGAGCAAGUGCUGGCGAAUGGGGAGCUGCCACCCCCAAGGAGGGAGGAGAAAGUGCUGGAGAAUGGGGGCCUGGGGUCCCCGGCGAGAGAAGAGCAAGUGCUGGUGAAUGGGGGCCUGACACCCCCAAAGAUCGAGGAGGUGUCAGAGAAUGGGGGCCUGAGACUCCCCAGGAACCCGGAGAGGCUGCCAGAGACUGGGCCUUGGAGAGCCCCAGGGCCCUGGGAGAAGAUGCCCGAGAGUGGGGCUCCAGCCCCCAUGAACGGGGAGCCAGCCCCAGAGAUCUCGCUGGAGAGAGCCCUGGCACCUGGCGCAGUGGUCUUGGCCCUGAACGGCGGGGAGACAGCCCCUGGCCCCACUGGCCCAGCCCUCAGGAGCGGGGUGCUGGAACCCGGGACCGAGAGGAGAGCCCCCGAGACUGGGGGGGCACCGAGAGCCCCCGGGGCUGGGAGGCUGGACCUCGGGAGUGGGGUCCGAGCCCCAGUGGGCAUGGGGAUGGCCCCCGGCGGCGGCCUCGGAAGCGGCGUGGACGCAAAGGCCGGAUGGGUCGACAGCACGAGGCCACAGCCGCCUCCACCACCACUGGAAGCACAGCCGACGAGGCCGGAGCCAGCGCCCCAGAGAGCCAGGCCGGAGGCAGCCUCCGAGGGAGAGCCCGGGGUCCCAGACAGCAGAGCCGGCGGAGACACAGCACCCAACGAAGACGGGGACCCCCCCAAGCCCGAGAGGAAGGGCCCCGAGAUGCCACGACUGUUCUUGGACUUGGGACCCCCUCAGGGGAACAGCGAGCAGAUCAAAGCCAAGCUCUCGCGGCUCUCGCUGGCGCUGCCGCCGCUCACGCUCACGCCGUUCCCGGGGCCGGGCCCGCGGCGACCCCCGUGGGAGGGCGUGGACGCCGGGGCAGCUGGCGGGGAGGCCGGCGGGGCGGGGGCGUCGGGGCCGUCGGAGGAGGACGGGGAGGACGAGGACGAGGACGAGGAGGAGGACGAGGAGGCAGCAGCGGCGGGCGCGCUGGCGGGGCCGCGGGGCCCCGGGAGAGCGCGGGCAGCCCCGGUGCCCGUCGUGGUGAGCAGCGCCGACACGGACGCGGCCCGCCCGUUGCGGGGGCUGCUCAAGUCUCCACGCGGGGCCGACGAACCCGAGGACAGCGAGCUGGAGAGGAAGCGCAAGAUGGUCUCCUUCCACGGGGACGUGACCGUCUACCUCUUCGACCAGGAGACGCCAACCAACGAGCUGAGUGUCCAGGGCCCCCCCGAGGGGGACACGGACCCGUCAACGCCCCCAGCGCCCCCGACGCUUCCCCACUCCGCCACCCCCGGAGAUGGGUUUCCCAGCAACGACAGCGGCUUUGGAGGCAGUUUCGAGUGGGCGGAGGAUUUCCCCCUCCUCCCCCCUCCAGGCCCCCCCCUGUGCUUCUCCCGCUUCUCCGUCUCGCCUGCGCUGGAGACCCCGGGGCCCCCCGCCCGGGCCCCCGACGCCCGGCCCGCAGGCCCCGUGGAGAACUGACUCCCCGAAGACUUGACCCCCCUGCACCCCCAGAAGAGGGGUUGAGAGUAGAAUCCUCUGUGGACGAUGGAGCCACUGCCACCACCACAGACGCCGCCUCCGGGGAGGCCCCCGAGACCGGGCCCUCCCCCUCCCCCACCAU